AUGUGUAUAUUCACAGUGAAUAUUGCCCUCAAUAAACCGGCGUACAUGCAGUACCAGUAUAUGCCGGGUGACAAAAUAUAUGACGCCAGUAAUGCUGUUGAUGGACGGAAAUCUGAACUGAGAUUAAGUGGUGGUCAAUGUGCGUCAUCAGAUCCUCAAAAACAAACCGCCACUUGGUGGGUCAACCUGACCAGCAUCCAAAGCAUUCAUCACAUAACAAUAUUUUACAUGACUGGCAAUGGAAUAUGGGGUACUUUUUACACGCCAUCAUUUCUUGGAUUCUCGGUGUAUGUCUCCAAUACAACUGAUAAGUCUAAUGGAGUGCUCUGUUUCAAGGACACCAAUUUUACAACAAGCACCAUACCCGCUGUCUUCACCACUAAGUGCACUGUACAUGGACAAUUUGUCAUAUAUUACAAUGAAAGACUACGAGGUGUAUCAUAUCCGGAGGUCUACUCUAAAGAUGCCGAAGCCGAUUUAUGUGAAGUGGAGGUAUACGGGUGUCCCAUUACCGGAUAUUAUGGGUCUAACUGUUCCGUUUCCUGUCCAGAUGUUAACUGUCGGUACUGUCACAUAGAAACGGGCACCUGUCAGGGGUGUAAGCCUGGGUACCAAGGUCAGCGAUGUGAAUCAGCCUGCCAACAUGGAUUCUUUGGACAAGACUGCACUGAAACAUGUAACGACAGAUGCCAAGGUUGUAACAAUAUCAAUGGUUUGUGUGAGUCUGGAUGUCUACCAGGCUGGAUAGGAAAUAAGUGCCGUAAAGCGUGUGACAAAGGAUUCUAUGGUCAUGGCUGUAAGGAAACUUGUGGACACUGCCGAGAUGUCCAAGAGUGUUCUCACAUUAAUGGAACGUGUAUUACAGGAUGUUACGCUGGUUAUCACGAAGAACUGUGUAAAACAAUUUGUCCAAAUGGAUAUUUCGGACAAGACUGUACUGAAAGAUGUAAAGACACAUGUACAGGAUGUAAUCAUGUAAACGGUUUGUGUGAUUCUGGAUGUCAACCUGGCUGGACCGGACACAAUUGUACUCGAACGUGCGUCACGGGAUCUUAUGGCGUCAACUGCAGUGAAACAUGUGGACACUGCCGUGACGUAAACCAGUGCCUCCAUUCAAACGGAUUUUGUUUAAACGGAUGUAAAGAAGGUUAUACAGGGUCAAUGUGUAAAAUACAGUGUAUCACAGGAUCAUAUGGCGUCGACUGCAAUGAAACAUGUGGACAGUGCCGUGACGUAAACCAGUGCCUCUAUUCAAAUGGAUUAUGUUUAGACGGAUGUAAAGCUGAUUAUACAGGGUCUUUGUGUAAGAUACUUUUAGCCAAUGCCACUAGUUCCCAAUCGCUUCAGCAAAAUCUAAUAAAUGGGGAAAGUGUCGCAACUGCUGUAAUUCUACUUGUUGCUAUAGUUGUACUUAUUCUCUACAAGAGAUCUCGGAGUAAGAAAUUAGAAAUUCGACAUAUACAAGAAAAUGUGGCGGAUCAGUCAAAUCAUGAAAGUAAGUAUUGCGUUUUACAUUUAUUUCCAUGGAACGAUGCCAUCUUACAUAUAUUUUUCUUGAUUUUGAUGAAUCUGUAAAUAUUAAUUUCAGUUACAGUAUUCUAUUUUUAGCAGAAUUAUAGACAAUGCCACACGAUUCAAAUCUUAUUUAGGAUAUUUAACUACAGAAGAAGCUAGUCUAUCGUAAAAAUAGAUGAAAGCUAUGGAUGUGAGCACGACAAGCUGGCGAGGUUUCAUUGUUCUUCUUUUUUAUCGCCCAUCAACCACAUUUUAAUAUUGUCGUUUGGUCUUUUCUAUAACAUUACAUUUUUACUAGGACAUAUAUUGGAUAUUUAUUUUUUUUUAAAGAACUAUAUAUGAUAUGUGUUAAAUUUGGCCCCCAUAAUUCGCCAUUUUUUAAAGCGUUUCAGGUAGAAUAAAAUGUUAUGAUAUUUUGUAGAGGAGUUGGUGUAAAAUAUAUUUUUCACAUAUUUAUUUGAUUUAUUUGCACUCACUGGUAAUAUGUGAUAUAGUCUUUUGUUUUUUAAACAUUAUCUAAUGACAGAACUGUUAAAUAUGUAUUUUCAGAUAUCUGAUUAGUAAAAAAAUGUAAAAUUAAUGUAAAACUAUGUUAAAACUAAUGAAUGUUAAUGAAAAUAAUACCUUUUUUUUAAAAUUCAUAAUUUUUUUGUAUAUUAAAAAAAUGUUUCAUGUAGCUUUACAUUUGUUGAACACUCUCACUUUCUUUUUUAAAAUGAGUGUAGCAGUGUACUAAAGACCACGUGAAAAAAACCCGUUAUAUUAAACCAUCAGAUCAGUUUAAUAUAUCCAUGUCUUUUAUAUUAUUGCCUCAAUCAAGUGGUUAAAUAUAUGCCUAUGGUGCAAAAUAAAAACUGUAUGUAAAUUUAAAGUAUUAUUUACUUUCUUUCGUUUAUGUACAUUGUAUUUACAU